CUGUGCCCUGAUCCAGCAGUGUUCUGUAGAUUGUGAAGGUGAGCAGGUGCAAUGGAAGAUGAGUUAUGCUAUUCAACAAUUACCUUCAAGCCAUUUAACAAAGAGAAAUCUAAAGUGCGACAGUUAGACGAGUCUGCACUGUAUGCAGAGGUGAACAGAAAACAAUCGACUUCACAUACUGAGACUACAGGAAGAGAAGCUUCCACCCCAAUCUCUCGGGUGUAUAGACGAGCUUCAGUGUUUCUGGGGCUGCUCUGUUUCCUCCUGCUCGCUGCGUUAACAGCUGUCAGCAUUUUCUACUACAUUCACAUGUCUAAACACAACAAUAUUCUGGCCCAGUACACUAAAGAGAGAGCUGCCAACCUGCAGUUACUGGCAGACAAGGAAGUGCUGGAGCAAGAGACAGCCAGGCUGGUGACGCAGGGUCAACAGAUGAACAACACACUGGACUUCAUAAUUCAUAAAAGCAGCUUUUCAGGGGAUAAAUACUGUCAGUUCACUGGGAAUGGGGUCCGGUGUACAUCCUGCCCUCAAAACUGGAUUCAAAAUGGCUCCAGCUGUUACUAUUUCCAUAAAGGAAACCUCUGGAAUACAUGGGCAGAGAGUCAAGAAUACUGCAGGAAACAUGGAGCUCAGCUGGCCAUAAUAGACAGCGUGGGUGAACAGGAAUUCAUCAAUCAGCACACUGAACCAUAUUAUGAUACAUAUCACGGGUACUGGAUUGGACUCUCUGAAAAACAGGGAAACACUUGGGUCUGGACCAGUGGCGCUCAGCUUGAGAGAGGAUUCUGGAUCAAUUUGCCCCAUGUAGGAUACACGCACUGUGUUUUGUCAAUGCCCAGCAAAAACCCACCGAGAAGCUGGAAAUCAGAAUGGUGUACCAUGAAAAGCAGAUGGAUCUGCGAAGUGGAAGUUUUGACAUGGCCAACCUUCCUUCAAGCCCAACGAAACCACAGUGACCCCUCAAGAUGAACAGAAGUCAAUGCAAAAUACAACCAUCUCAGAAAUCAUUUUAUUUUCCAGUUGAGUUUGAUUUGUUAGCAAUAUUUCAAGGUACUG